UUUGUUUAGGGCCGCUUAAUUGUCGGUGCCGCAUCAGCCAGUGUUGUCAAAGCCUCUCUGAAAAAUCUCACGUCGUCAAGGAGAAAAAGUGAACCACCCACAAUUGAAAUGUGCUUACCAAACUGCAAGGAACAUUCCCCAACUUUGCAAGAAAAGAAAUACAAUAUGUGCAGGAACCUGCAGAACUCCCUUAUUUAUUAUGCAAGAAGCACCAAGAAAAUGUUAAAGAAUAUGUUGGAAGAACAACAGAAAUCUCUUGAUUUUCUUUCAAACCAGGUUCUUGAACUAACCAAUAAGGUUCUUCUUUUGAAUGCAGAAGUCUUGAAAAAACAUACAGAUCCUUUUCCACAAAGGCCAAUUCAAACACACGGUUUUGAUUGCAGUGAUAUCAAGGAAACAUUUCACUCAGUUUCUAAAGCUCCAAGUGGGUUGUACAUAAUCCAACCAGAAGGAACCUAUUCACCAUUUGAGGCAUUUUGCGACAUGGACUAUCGAGGAGGAGGUUGGACAGUUAUUCAGAAAAGAAUUGAUGGAUCAAUUGAUUUCCAGAGAAGCUGGAUUGAUUAUAGGGAAGGAUUUGGAGAGCUUUCAGGAGAAUUUUGGUUGGGUCUGAAGAAGACAUUCUGCAUCCUGAAUCAGAAAAACUCAAUCUUCAUGCUGAACAUUGCUUUGGAGGCUGAAGAUGGCACAAUUGCUUAUGCCUCAUAUGAUAGCUUCUGGCUUGAAGAUGAAAGUAAUAAUUUUAUAAUGCACGUUGGACGCUAUUCAGGAACUUCAGGUGAUGCUCUUCGAGGCUACAAGAAAGAAGACAAUCAGAAUGCUAUGCCUUUCAGCACCUUUGAUGCUGACAAUGAUAGGUGUAACCCAUCAUGUACUGUUAAUGGCAAGUCUAUAAACAGCUGUAGUCUGCUCAACAACCGGAGUGGCUGGUGGUUUAGUCAGUGUGGUACAGCCAACCUGAAUGGAGUUCACAAAGUAACAAGGCAUGUGGAUAUCUCCGGCAUACACUGGGACACGUGGAAAGAAAACAAGGAAACUGUGAAAAUCAAAUCUGCUUCUAUGAAAAUUAAAAGAAUAUAUAAUCCUUAUUUCCAGUGAUUUUGGUUUACUGAAAAGUAGAGUAUAUUGAAAGGUUAUUAAAGGUUUUUCAUAUAUUUAAAUGGCAUAUUUAUGUAAAGUAUGUUUAAUAAAAUAACAUGCAAACUG